AAACGCAAAAUUUCAGAUUAAUGAAAUGAACAUCGGUUCUUAUGUCCCUCUCCAAGAUUAUUCAUUUUAUUUGAUUGAAUAUUUCAAACGAAUUUUUAUGACAUAGAUAUUAAUAUAAAAAGCACGAUGAGGGAACAAAAAUUAGAUGAUGUUAAAAAAGAGGUUAGAAGUGUCUUGAUAUCUUCUAAGGAAGGCCUGACUUUACAAGAAUUCCUUAAAACAUAUCGAGCUCUUCUUGGUUCCAGACUUCCAACUCGUGAACUGGGCUAUACUACUGACAUUGAACUAAUCGAAUCAAUGCCUGAUGUUGUUUGUAUGAGAAAAGAUAGAAAUGGUUCUUAUGUCUUGACUGCUAUUGCAGAUGAAACAACUGAACAUAUCCAAAAGCUUGUUCAAAAACAGAAGAAAAAUAAAAAGAAACAAAAUAAUAAACAAAUACAUAUUGCCAGCAGUUCUGUGCGUAGUUAUGUAUCUUCUUCAAACAGCGUGCCGAAAAAUCGACCAUUUGUUCCUGCAAAAUUGAGAAGUGAAAUAUUUCAGAUUUUAAAGAAACAUCCAGAUGGAAUUGGCUAUACUGCUCUUAUUUUAGAUUAUAAUAAAACAUUUUCCAAACCUAUUAAUUUAGAGUGGUUGUCAAGUAAUCCAUCAGAAAGAUUUAGAAAGCUUGUGUUAGCCGUGCCAGAAUUUGAAUUGAAGACGGUUAGAAAUACAGAAAAAUUAUUUAUUUCCAAACAUUUUGAAUAUGCAAGUGACAUACAUACAUGUAAGAAUUUAGAUGCUGUUAAAAGUGCUUCAGCACUUCAGUCAAAUCUGUUACUUUCAAUAUGUGAUGAAAAGCAAGAAAAAGCUCUCAUUUCUAAAUCAUCAAAAGAUAACUUUGUAAAGGUUCUACAACAUUAUCCUGAGGGUAUCAUGGCUGUACAUUUCCCUAUAUUAUAUCAGAAAUUGACUGGUCAACAAUUUGAGCUUCAUGAAUAUGGAUAUAAUUCAUUGUUAGAAAUGGCUGAUUCUCUGCCAGAUAUUUUUAUAAGAGUACCUGCUCCAAAAAACUCAAAGGAUUGGAUGCUUUUCCAUGUUGACAAUGCACCUGAGGCAAAUUAUCUUAGUUCAUUUGCUUGUAAACCAAGUUCUGAAAUUCGUUUAAAAAAUAAGAUUUUAUGCACUUUGAAAGAGAAUAUGCCAAGUGAUAUUGCUUUGCCUUUUCUACAAUACAUCUCUCCAGAAAUACCAGAAGAAGCAAAAAAAUCAUAUGUUCCAGUAUACAUAUCAGCUGUCAAUAGCCCUAGUUAUUUCUGGUUUCAGUUACAAACUCAGGAUGCAAUUCUAGGCAUAGAAAGUCUAGGAAAGGAAUUGCAGGAUUUUUAUAACAAUCUACCAAAUCGUAGCUAUAAAAUGGCAGAUGCUGAUAUAGUAGUAGGAGCUACUUGUGCUGCUUAUUAUGCAGUUGACCAACAGUGGUAUAGAGUUGUCAUAGCAGCUCUUCCAUCUCUUGAGUCAGUUGUUGUUGAUUUUAUUGAUUAUGGAAGUUCAGAUAAAGUUCCACGAUCUUCAUUAUAUUAUUUAAAGUAUAGUUUUAUUCAUUUACCUGCUCAGGCAUUCAAGGCUCAAUUAGCUGCUGUGAAACCACCAAAUGAAAAAGGCAAAUGGACAAAGGAAGCUAAUAAACGGUUUAUUGAACUAUGCAAUAAGAUUUUUUUGAUGGCACAAAUCAAAACUAUGCAUAAUUCAACUUUGUCAAUUCUUCUUUGUGAUACUUCUGGAGAUGAUGAUAUUCAUAUAAACAAUACCCUUGUUAAAGAAGGUUAUGCUGAAUUCUAUAGAGAUAUAGAUAUUUACAAUACUCCCCCUCUUUUGUAUCCAAAUACAUCAGAAGACAGUUCGUCACCUUCUAGUCCACUACCUUCGCCUGUUUACCGUGUAACUCAUAUUAAUCAAUUCAAUGGGAAAGGAUCCCGAGAUAACUGUCACAAAAAGUUAUUUACUGAUAACUUAACAGUUAAACAGCAACCAACAAAAUGUGUUAAAAGAAUUAUAUCAAGUGAUGAUUAUAUAAUGCACAUUUUGAGGGUGGAAAAUAAAGCUUAUGUGUCUGUUGGAGAUAUAAACAAUCUGUUCUGGAGUGAUAAUUGUCCUGACUUAUUAUUAACCAGACUGAAAUAUAAAAAUGUGGCAGUACCAACCACUACUAUUUCCAGAGAUGACUUCCCUGACUUAUUUGAACAGUGUGAAAGAUUUUCUGUGAAUGAUUUCGAUGAAACUAAAGAUUCAGUCACUCUAUUUCCUCUUCAGCUUGCUCCAAAAAUUAUAAACAUUUUGGGACAUCCUUCUGAAAAUCUCCGGAAUAUACUUAUCAGUGAAGUGGAUCAUUUCAAUCCAGGAAAUGUUGAAUGGAAUGAACUAUUUGAAGAAUCUGAACCUUUCAAAGAAAAUACUAGACAUGAAAAUAAACUUGACAGAUUAUGUUUGCAUGAUUUGAAAGCAAGGCAAGAAGCUCUUCGUUAUAAGAGGAAAAUGCUUUUAGAUGCUUUAGAGGAAAAAUGGAGUGAUAAUUUAAUUGAUCAAGUGAGAAAUUUGGAUGCCAUUCAAAACUAUAUUAACAAGCGUAUAAAAGAAAUUGAUACAAUUUGUAUUAAAUUUUCAAAGUGUGUAUGAUUUCAUCUAUACUCUUGAUGCAUGCAGAAUAAAUGUUGGGACAAGUUCCUGUAUGAAACAAGAAAAUGCAUGAGCUGUGAUAUUUUGUGAUUGAAUCUCCUUGUUUCAGUAUUCCUGAAUCUGUGUAAAGAAAAACAAAACAAUGCUUCUAAUACAGAAUAGACAAUGAUGCUCAUUUUUGUGUAUUAAUUUAUGAAUUUUUAACACAGAACCAAUUGUGUAUGUGUUGAAGUUUUUGUUACUUGACUGUUAUUUGAGCUUAAUAUUUUCAUUGUAUUUUUUAC